AUGGCCCAAUGGUUUGCAGAGGCGUGGGCGGGGCCCGAGGAGGGCGUGGCCGCCCCGCCCCCGCCCCGGCUCAGCUUCGCCCCCGAGGCCGUGGCCAGGCUGGGGGGGGCCCUGGGCCGGGCCCAGCGGGGGCUGCAGCACCUGGGGGGGCACCUGAGCGCCCGCCCGGAGCUGCCGGAGCCGGGCCGGGAGCUGCUGCGGGAGCUGCUGCGGGAGCACCGGCGGCUGCAGGAGCUGACGCUGGCGCUGCACGAGAAGCACCAGAGGGAGGCGCUGCAGCUGGCCGAGCUGCAGGACAAGGCGGGCUGGGCCGAGACCAAGGUGCUGGAGCUGGGCACCACGCUGGAGGGGCUGCAGUGGGACAGCGCCAAACUGCGCAAGCGCGAGGGGCGGCUGGACCGGCACCUGGCCGAGGCCCUGGAGCAGCUCACCUCGGGCUCCUACGGCUGCGGCAGCUCCGGCGGCUUCCAGGGGGGUCAGAUCACGCUCAGCGUGCAGAAGUUUGAGAUGCUGAACGCGGAGCUGGAGGGGAACCAGGAGCUGGCCAACUCCCGCAUGGCCGAGCUGGAGAAGCUGCAGCUGGAGCUGCAGGCGGCCGUCAGGGGCCAGGAGAGGCUCAAGGUGGCGCUGCGCUCGCUGCCCGAGGAGGCCGUGAAGGAGGCCCUGGAGUACAAGGUGCUGCAGUCGCAGUUCUCGCUGCUCUACCACGAGAGCCUGCAGGUGAAGACGCAGCUGGACGAGGCCCGGGCGCUGCUGCUGGCCACCAAGAACAGCCACCUGCGCCACAUCGAGCACAUGGAGGUGGGCCCCGCCCGUCCCCCACACCUCUGGGUGUCCCCCCGGGGUGUCCCCCGGGGGUUUUGGGGCGACUCGGGGGCGUCUGGGGUCAGGGAAAUGGCAAGGAUUGGGAUUCAAGAUGGCCGCCGGUGCCAUAAAUGGCGUAAGGCCGUAUCCAAGAUGGCGGCGGGCGGCAUAAGUCCCACAAUGCCUUAUUCAAGAUGGCGGCCGGUACCACAAAGCCCCAUUAACCGCGAGAUGCGGCACCUGAUCAGCUCCCUGCAGAACCACAACCACCAGCUGAAGGGCGACGUGCAGCGCUACAAGCGCAAGCUGCGCGAGGUGCAGGCCGAGAUCAACAAGGUGGGCGGGGCCUGGAAGGCGCAGGAGAACCAGAAGGAGAUGAAGCUGCUGCUGGACAUGUACAAAUCGGCGCCCAAGGAGCAGCGGGACAAGGUGACGCUCAUGGCCGCCGAGAGGAAGAGCAAGGCCGAGGAGGAGGAGGCGCUGCUGUCGGAGAUGGACGUGACGGGCCAGGCCUUCGAGGACAUGCAGGAGCAGAACCUGCGGCUGCUGCAGCAGCUGCGCGAGAAGGACGACGCCAACUUCAAGCUGAUGUCGGAGCGCAUCAAAGCCAACCAGAUCCACAAGCUGCUGCGCGAGGAGAAGGACGAGCUGGCCGAGCAGGUGCUGGCCCUCAAGGCCCAGGUGGAGGCGCAGCUGCAGGUGGUGCAGAAGCUGGAGGAGAAGGAGCGGGGGCUGCAGAGCGCCCUGGCGGCCGUGGAGAAGGAGCUGAGCCUGCGCUCGCAGGCGCUGGAGCUGCACAAGAGGAAGAAGCAGCGCAAGGUCGAGGUCUACGCCGACGCCGACCAGAUCCUGCAGGAGGAGAUCAAAGAGUACCGGGUGAGCUUCCGGGACCUUCUGGAACCUUCCGGAACCUUCUGGGAGCUCCUGGGAGCUUCCGGGACCUUCUGGAACCUUCUGGGAGCUCCCGGGACCUUCCGGGACCUUCCGGAACCUUCUGAGAGCUCCUGGGACCUUCCGGGACCUUCUGGGACCUUCUGGGAGCUUCCGGGACCUUCCGGGACCUUCUGGGAGCUCCUGGGAGCUUCAGGAACCUUCCAGGACCUUCCAGGACCUUCUGGGACCUUCUGGGAGCUCCCGGGACCUUCUGGGACCUUCCGGAACCUUCCAGGACCUUCCGGAACCUGCUGGGAGCUCCUGGGAGCUUCUGGAACCUUCUGGGAGCUUCCAGGACCUUUUGGGAGCUUCUGGGAGCUCCUGGGAGCUUCUGGAACCUUCCAUGACCUUUUGGGACCUUCCAGGACCUUCUGGGAGCUCCUGGGAACUCCUGGAACCUUCCAGGACCUUCUGGGACCUUCUGGGAGCUCCCGGGACCUUCCAGAACCUUUUGGGACCUUCCGGGACUUUCUGGGAGCUCCGGGGAGCUUCUGGAACCUUCCAGGACCUUCUGGGAGCUCCCGGGAGCUUCCAGAACCUUCUGGGACCUUCCAGGACCUUCUGGGAGCUCCUGGGAGCUUCAGGAACCUUCCAGGACCUUCCGGGUUUUGGGAUUUUUUCGGGACAGUUUUGGGAAUUUUUUGGGACAAUUUUGGGAAUUUCGGGGCCCCGCAGGAGGAGCUGUCGCGGCUGCGCCGGAAGCUGGAGAAGCAGCGCAAGGUCGAGGUCUACGCCGACGCCGACCAGAUCCUGCAGGAGGAGAUCAAAGAGUACCGGGCCCGGCUGACGUGCCCGUGCUGCAACGCGCGCAAGAAGGACGCGGUGCUGACCAAGUGCUUCCACGUCUUCUGCUUCGAGUGCGUCAAGAGCCGCUACGACACGCGGCAGCGCAAGUGCCCCAAGUGCAACGCGGCCUUCGGCGCGCACGACUUCCACCGCGUCUACAUCAGCUGAGCCGCCCGUGGUCAUCCGUGGUCGUCUGGGGUGGCCAGUGGUCAUCCGUGGUCAUCUGAGGUCAUUUAGGGUCAUUCACGGUCAGACGUGGUCUUCUGUGGUCAUCCAUUGGUCAUCCAAGGUCAUCCGUGGUCAUCUGGUGUCAUCUAUGGUCAUCCAUUGUCAUCUAUGGUCAUCCAUUGGUCAUCCAUGGUCAUCUAUGGUCAUCCAUUGGUCAUCUAUGGUCAUCCAUUGGUCAUCUAUGGUCAUUGACAGUCAUCCUUUGGUCAUCCAUGGUCUUCUAUGGUCAUCCAUUGGUCAUCUAUGGUCAUUGACAGUCAUCCAUUGGUCAUCCAUGGUCAUCUAUGGUCAUCCAUUGGUCAUCUAUGGUCAUUGACAGUCAUCCAUUGGUCAUCUAUGGUCAUCUAUGGUCAUCCAUUGGUCAUGUAUGGUCAUUGACAGUCAUCCAUUGGUCAUCCAUGGUCAUCUAUGGUCAUCCAUUGGUCAUCUAUGGUCAUUGACAGUCAUCCAUUGGUCAUCCAUGGUCUUCUAUGGUCAUCCAUUGGUCAUCUAUGGUCAUCGACAGUCAUCCAUUGGUCAUCCAUGAUCAGCUAUGGUCAUCCAUUGGUCAUCCAUUGGUGAUCUGUGGUGGCCAGUGGUCAUCUGUGGUCAUCCAUUGGUCAUCCAUUGGUCAUCUGUGGUGGCCAGUGGUCAUCUGUGGUCAUUCAUGGUCAUCCAUGGUCAUCCAUGGUCAUCCAAGGUCAUCCAUGGUCAGCCAACGCGGCCUUCGGCGCGCACGACUUCCACCGCGUCUACAUCAGCUGAGCCACCCGUGGUCAUCUCCUGGUGGCCAGUGGUCAUCCGUGGUAAUCUGAGGUCAUUUAGGGCCAUUCAUGGUCAGCCGUGGUCUUCUAUGGUCAUCCAUUGGUGAUCUGUGGUGGCCAGUGGUCAUCCGUGGUCAUCCAUUGGUCAUCUGUCAUCAUCCAAGGUCAUCUACAGUCAUCCAUGGUCAUCCAUGGUCAUCCAAGGUCAUCUAUGGUCGUCCAUUGGUGAUCUGUGGUGGCCAGUGGUCAUCCGUGUCCAUCUGGGGUCAUAUCUGACCAUCUGUGGUCAUCUCCUGGUGGCCAGUGGUCAUCCGUGGUCAUCUAUGGUCAUCCAUUGGUCAUCUAUGGUCAUCUACAGUCAUCUAUGGCCAUCCAUGGUCAUCCAAAGUCAACCAUGGUGGGCAGUGGUCAUCUGUGGUCAUCCAUCCAUGGUCAUCUAUGGUCAUCGACAGUCAUCCAUUGGUCAUCCAUUGGUCAUCCAUUGGUCAUCUGUGGUGGCCAGUGGUCAUCUGUGGUCAUCUAUGGUCAUCCAAGGUCAUCUAUUGUCAUCUACAGUUAUCCAUGGUUAUCCAUGGUCAUCUAUGGUCGUCCAUGGUCAUCUGUGGUCAUCCAUGGUAAUCCGUGGUCAUCCAUGGUCAUCUAUGGUCGUCCAUGGUCAUCUAUGGUCAUCCAUGGUAAUCUGUGGUCAUCUGUGUCCACCUUUGGUGACCACUGACCACCAACGAUGACCGCUGAUCACCAGUGAUGACCACCAAGGAUGACCACUGACCAACAACCACGAUCACUGACCACCACCGAUUAUCACUGACCACAAGUGAUGACCACUGACCAACGAUGACCACCA